GGCAACAUUAAUAAACCUACUAUUACAUGAGAAGAAAAUUAAAACAUUAAAAAGAUGGCAAGAAAUUUGAUCAGAAUCUACAAGUAUUCUCAAAUAUUGUUCCUUAUAUUGGUUAUCGCCUUUGUUUUCAAGUAUUAUGGCUUGGAUGUACAGUUUCUGCUCUCAAUUCAGCUCUGCAAACGUCAGUUAAGUUCUCAUAUACCUGUGUUAUAUAUGCAGCAAUUUGGGAAACCAAAGCCAAACAAAAAGAAGAUUUGUAAGUAUCUUAAAGAGGCAACACAAGGUGGUUGGGAGUUAAAACCAGACUUAACUCGUUAUGAAAAGAAAGAAAGGGAGCGUUUGGACAUUGAAACACGCCUUGCCAUGGAUUGGCCAGCUUUGUUAUAUCGAAAUGACUCUAGGUGUGGUACCCAGGGUCCACUUACUGGUUAUCGUCUACUCGCUCAAUGUGAUCCACAAAGUGAUAAACCGUGUUGCCAUCAUUCGUCCGGACGAUGUGGGAAUGGACCUGAAUUUUGUAACUGUGAUGAGUGUACUGACCAAAGAAAAUUUAUCUCCGCUGAACUAGGAAACUGGGUUCCAAACACGUGCACGUUAAAAGAAGUUAGCCACAAUGAAGCGUGCAAGUUCUUGUCUGAAAAGGAUGUAUCGCUGGUUUUUAUUGGUGACUCCCUUAUGCGACAGUUUCACACCAUGAUGCUUCUUCUUCUCACUGAUGAUUAUUUAGAGGGAAGCAUUCCGUUUAACGCUACAUAUAAUAAGAAAAAACUCUGCAGAGGAGAACAACAAAUAACAAAUAAAGUGUGCAGCGUGGAAAUAGUUUCCAAGACAACGGACGAGCUCCCAUUGAAUAGUGUUUGUGGUGGGAAAGUUAAUUUAAAAGUGGAUCUUGUCCAAGAUUACCAUCGAACGCUAAUUACUGACGUCAGCAAUAAAUUAAAAUCCAUACUAAAUUUGGAAAAUCACUGGGUGAUUGCAGGAGUUGGUUUACAUUACCAGUUAGAUUUUAACGCUGUAAAAAAAGAAUAUCUAGACAAAGUUUGGAACAUUUUAGGAGAGUCGAAAAAUGGAUGGCCUAAAAUUAUCUGGAUAGGAAUACACGGGGUACAUGGUUUCUUACGCAUGCAAACUGGACAAAGUAAUGCAAAGAUACAAAAUUUUAAUAAAAAAGUGAACAAAUACUGGGAGGAGAGGAAUGUGACCGUCAUUGAAACUUUCAACAUGAGCGUAGGUUUAAAAAGUUAUGAUGGCCGACAUUAUGGAUUCGGUUUUAAUCGAUUAAAAGUUCAAGUUUUGUUAAAUUAUCUCUAUCAAGCAUAUAAUUAAAAAAGAAACGAAUAUUACCAUA